UAAUGCCAUUUUCGACCUUUCGCCGACCUAUAUAUUCAUCUCUUCUUUAGCGCCCAAAACCCUAACCCUAAUUUCCCUCCGCCCCUUCUUCUCCUAAAACCAGAGAGAGAAGCUCACCCGCCCCCUACAACCAGAGAGGCUGACUCGCCCUCUAAUCGUAAACCCAAUUUCUCCGCCAUGACUACUCGAUUCAAGAAGAACAGAAAGAAGCGCGGCCAUGUAAGCGCAGGCCAUGGCCGUAUCGGCAAGCACCGGAAGCACCCUGGUGGUCGUGGAAACGCCGGAGGAUUGCACCAUCACCGAAUCCUCAUGGACAAAUACCAUCCUGGGUAUUUUGGAAAGGUGGGAAUGAGGUAUUUCCACAAGCUCAGGAACAAGUUCUAUUGCCCCAUUGUUAAUGUGGAUAAGCUCUGGUCUCUGUUACCUGAAGAGGCCAAGAAGAGUGCUGGUUCUGGAUCAGAGGCGCCAUUGCUCGAUGUUACUAAGUAUGGGUACUUCAAGGUUUUGGGGAAGGGUGAGGUUCCAAAUCAGCCGCUCGUCGUGAAGGCAAAGCUGAUCUCGAAGAGGGCGGAGAAGAAGAUCAAGGAGGCUGGUGGGGCUGUGAUGCUCACUGCUUGAAAUCGAGAGGUUAGGGUUUCAUUCUCAUUGCUUCUAGAUUACUUAGAUUUUUAUCCUUUUUUUGUGUGUUCCUUUUAGCCUUCGAUUAUAAGGAUUUUGGGAUAUCUGCUUGAACGAUGUUUUGUUUAAUGGAGAAUAUUGAGGUGAGUUUUGGAUCCAAGAUUUUGAUUAUGUGGAGUGAUUUGGACUGCAAUCUUAAUACCAUGGUUUCUUGGUCUAAAGUAGUGUAUAAUUUUGGCUUUUAGUAAUGGAUGGUUCUGAAUUUAGGGUUUUGAUUGUGA